CCAUUUCUUCAAUUCCUCUAUCCUUCAAUUUAUGGAGUAGAAAACUGAAUCGAAAUGGCUCUGCUCAGAAUUCCCUCUACGCCGCCGCCAAUUGUCUCCAAGAUCAAGAUGAAGAUGAACUCAGAAGAGUUCAAUCGACCAGAGGAGGUUCGUCUCCAACUAAUAACUAGUAAAAGAUGCUUGAGGUGCAGUAUCCUAUACCAAGAUAACUCCCCAAUAGCUUGCUGUUUCCACGGUCACACCACAGGGGAAAAAGGAUUAUAUUCAUUAGCUCCACCUCACCAGGGAAUUGAUGGAGAGUGGACAGAUGAAUCGGGAGUGAUUGUGUACAAGUGGAAUGAGAAGAAUAACAGACCAAAUACAGGAAGAGUAAACUGGAAGAAAAGAUGGACCUGUUGUGCUGAGUAUCAUGAAAAUGCGCCUCCUUGCAGACAAGGAUGGCAUGUUUCAUAUGAUGAUGGCUUCACCUUGUAUUGAUCAUCAUCAAUCAGUAUAUAUCAUCUCAUUUCAAAUACCUGAAGAAAAAUAUGGAUUAUUAGGUCUACUUGUUGAUCUUCCUUCACAUUUAUAAUAUUCUCCAUUGUUUGAGUGUAAUCUAAUAAUUGACUGUAUAAUUGUUUGAUUUAGAUCCAAGAGUUCUCAUAAGGACUCUUAAUUUUUUUUUUAUAAGUUAUUGAUUCUUUAUCGUCUA